CUUCUGCAACGGUCCGAUUUUCCGUGGCGGAAGGGCGCCCAAGCGCGACGGACCGAAAAAAUCGUCGUAGGACUUUGCCUGACGCAGUUUCGACAACAGAACACAUAUCGUCGGGUUAGGCCCAUAGGCGACGAAAAAUACCCCUUAGCGGACGAUUUUGAGACGUUGUCUAUCAGAACUUUUCUUGUAGUGCUUGAUAGGUGAGAUACUUGUGUAGCUUUCCUUCCACCACAUACAUAUACACCUACCUAGUGAGAGAUAUGCAAUAUGACCCCACAACAACAAGCCAAGAUGAGAGCAUGCUUCGCCGAGCUAGAUGCUCGAGAAGCCAAAAUGACACCCAAAGAUAAAGACGAGUGCAACGCAUACUUCAAACACCUUGAGAGCAAGAGUGACACAGCCCACGAUUUGAGUGUGGACACUUUGAUUUCUAACAACUUAACCUCUACUCCUCUUGUGUUAUCUUCCUCUUUGCUAGGUUACUUGGACAUCUACGACGUCAUCGCCAUGGAGAUGAGGGACUCCACUAUAUGUGAGAUGAGUGCAUCCACUAUAUGUGAGAUUGAGAGCCAUCACUUGGAGGACAUGAGUGAUACACCGAGUGAGAUGAGAGUGGUAGUUGAUAGGUCAUGUGAGGCCAUUUUCAAUUCUAACAUCUUACCCUCUACCUCUAGUGUGUUUCCUUGUGUCUCACUAGGUUCCAUGGAUGACGAGACGCCGAUCAUGGAGAAGAUGUACAUGGUGCAUGAAGAUGAUGAUAUCACACCAUGUUUGCUUGAAGAUGAACAUGCAGGCCACAUGGAUCCUACCACUUCCACAACACCUACCUCAUAUGAGCGGGAAUACAAAGGUACACGGAAGACAAGGUCAACCUCGAUUGAGCACGAGUUGACCAAACGAGCUCUUGAGAGCAUAAUACAAGUAAGUACAAGAUCGAACCCGGCUCUAAUACCUUUCCCAUGCUUUGCAUUGAACAUGCCGAACAAUUUCUCUUUCUUAUGGUUCUUUUGCAAGCAUGAUGAUGUGAUUCUUACCAUUGGUAUUACCACAAAUAUGAGGACCAAUUUCUCUUUCCGAUGGUUUGUGUGCACACAUGUUGAUGAUACUUUGGACACUCUCCCUUAUGUGUUUUUGCCAAAUUCUCCUCUUAUUGCGUCAAGGAUGUUGAACAAUUUCUCUUUUCGAUGCCUUGAGUGCAAUAAUGCACAUGAGUUUCUACAUGAGAUGGACAUCAUAGUCAUCUCACAAUUUGGAGUUUUUGUGUUUUCACAUUUGGAAGAUGUUCAUACGGAGUUCUUACACAUUGACCUUGCAUAUGCAUUCUUGUUGAUAUAUUUGUGUUGUGCUAACGGUGUUGUGAAUAUGAAUGGACAUGUCAUUCAUGAUAUGCUCCUCUAUCAUGCACGCACAUACUUUGCUUGGUCUUUAUUGUGUGAAGGUACAAGUGACUUGUGGAUGAGCGUUAAUGAAUGGGUUCAACCCCACACAUCCACUACACAAGAUCUCUCGAUGAGAGCACACCGGUAUCUUGCUAAGGUGACCUCCUUCUACUUGCGCUCUCUUGCUAAACCCUUUGAACUUUUGGGUACGCUUUGAUUGCUCCUUUGCUUUUCUUGUGCUAUUGAUAGGGCUCUUGACAAGUGACGGGACAUUCAAGCGUUGGUGUCAUCUACCUCCUUUACACGUUCACGGAGACUCAUCAUCGAGGACGACUCUUUUUCAAGUGGGGGGAGAUGAUGCAGCCCGACCUACGGUCUUCGCUUCAUCAUGUGCUUCAACGACAAGAACCACACUCAAGGCCGAGGUCACGGAGGCAUGGAAGAGAAGAAGGAAGAAGAGCGCCCGAGGUCGCCAAGAAGAGACGACGCAAGAAGCACGACUGCUAGGCCGGAUCAUCCGCCCCCACUAAGGCCGGACAAUCCGCCCUCUAACCUGCGCAUCCGACACUUGGGAUCAGCCCAUACAACCCCUCAUUAUGCUAUUUGUAUGCCUAAACUACCCCUCCUUAUGGGCUCCCUAUAUAUAGGCU